AUGGAAUGCAAAUUAGUUGAAGACUUUCAACAUAAUACGUCUUUGCCACUGCCAACUGUACGUCAAAACUAUAGUUUGUAUUUACCGUUGUCUACUCGACCUGAUUCGACACCGAUGACAAGUUCUCUAAUCAGUGAUCCAACAUCCGCGGUAACUGAUUCUAAACAAGACACUCCACAAAUUUCACACAACAGACGUGAAACACCGGAAGGAUUUACCAUGCCACACAAUCCAGAAAUUAGCCCAAAUCAACUAAAUUUGACAAGUGAAUCAGAGACUUCAUUUUUGUCACUGGUUCCUAAUAAGUUAUUCGAUUUAACAACCCCAACAACCUCUCACUAUAUGCCAGCAGUAAAUAGCAGUGUAAGAAACGCGAAAUCCUCUAUCGACUUUUUAGAGGAUAUGAAUAAUGAAAUUUUAAUGUUAAAUCAAUCAAAAUGCCACACUCCAAUGGUAUUCAUUUCAAAAAAAGCAUCACCAUAUCCAUUAAUGGAAAAAAUUAUUUCUUCUAGUCAAACUGUGGGAUCUUUUGACAGAAAUCAACAAGGAGAUAAUUACGCUCAAUUAGAUGUAAUUUCCGAUAACCAUGAUGUUUUAAAAUGGGAUUAUGCUGGAGAUAUAGCUUCGAAUCAUUUAGGUGUUCCAAGAAUUAUUUCACACUCUAGUCUAUCUUGUCAUCCUGUUAAUUAUGUUGAUUAUGGGAACUAUGAUGUCAAUAUGACAAUGACAUGGCCUUCUUCUAGCCCACAUAUUUCUCCAUCUUCUGGAUAUGGUUAUGCGGUUCGUAGAAAAUAUAACUUCAAUACAAGAAAUAAUUCUAACAGAAAUUGGAAUGAAUCAUCAAAGAUAAAAGGGUUUAAUGAAUUCUCUUCAAUGACAAUCAAUCAUGGUUCAUUUAUAUCUAGUCCAGAUCCUGAAGAUGAAAUACAUAAUUUAUCAUUAAAUAAUUCAAUGAAUCAAAUUAAUCAUUUUAUUGAUCAUUAUCAAUCAUCAUUAAAUGAUUUCAAUAUUGAUUUAUUGGAUCAAGAUCAUAUCAAAUCGAAUAUGAAUACAAAUAGUAGUGAAUUUAGUUUAAAUGAUGAAAAUGAUAAUGAGAAUAUAGAAAAAUUCAAUUUUAAUAAAAAUCAGAAUAGAAAUGGAUCAAAUACAAUGAUAUCGAUGAAUAAUGAUUGGUUUAUCAAUGAAUUCUCUAAAUCAUAUAAUCAAUCAAUAAAAACAUUGAAAUCAAUCAAUAUCAAUAAUCAAUUGAUUACCAAUGAUAUAAUGAAUAAUAAUAAUAAUAAUGGUGAUAUAAAGCAUGAUCAUAAUGAGCAGGAAACUUUGGCGAAUUCUCCAGUGCAUAGUAACUGUAGACUUGUGAAGGAAUUAGAUGAAAAUAAUAAUAAUAAUGACGACGAAUUACAGUCACCUUUAGAGGAUAAUCAACAUGAUUUAUCUUCAUUACAAGCUACAUCUGCAUUGGAUACUAUAGAAACGGAUUCUUAUUUACACACAAAUAAUAAUAUACCUAAACAGGAAAUUUCCACAGUUCAACCGUCAACAUGUUCAAAAGACUUGUCUCAAUCACCUUUGAAUAAUUUUAAUGAACCAGAAGAAAUAUGCUAUAUUGUAGAUGGUGCACUUUCAUCAGCACAAGAUACAAAUAAUUACUCAGCUAUUACAACAGUAACACCAUUAAAUGAAAAUAUAUAUUAUCAAAAUGGUUUUGAUGCAGAAUCGGAAGGUUGUAGAAGUAGUGUUAUAAUGGAUGAAAAUUGUGAGAAAGAAAUUACCCCUAAUUAUUAUGAUGCCCAUAAUGAACUUGAACAUUUAUUGAUUAAAAAUACUGAUAUAAAAAUCGAUGAAAUUUCCAAAUCAUUUACACCAUCUAUUCAAAAUGAUAAAGUGUCAAUGAUAACAACAACACCAACAACAGCAAACGGGAUAAGUAUUUGUAAAAGUACUCAGAAUGAUAUGUUAACUACUGAAUGUAAAUGGUUAUCUCAUAAUAUGAAUAUAACAUUAUCUAACGUUUAUCCUACAAUCUUCUCUAAUGGAAUACAAUUAGUUACUCAAUAUACUACUCAUAAUUCACCAUAUAUAAAUUAUACUGCUUCUAAAAUCAAUUCAAACAAUCUACCUGAAUAUAUUCCUUCACAAUAUAGCAAUUUAUCUAUGACUGGAUAUCAUUCUAAUCAUGUAAUACAAAACAUGCCAACCUGUGUCACUGUUUUCAGUCAGACUGACACAACUUCAAUGAAACAAGAACAUUGUCUUUCAUUAAGUUCUGUUGAAAAUAAAGUUCCCCGAAAUAAAUUUAAUGAAACCGAGAUAGUCAGUAGAGAAAAUACUGGUAUACAUAGAAUGUUCCAUAUACCUAAAACUUCUACGAGUCAAACGAUUGAUUUAUCUUCUUUGAAUGUGAAUAAACAGAUCAAAGAUUUAUCUUCAAUAUACUACCAUCAUCAUAUUAGAUCAACUGUUACAUCAUCAUGUAAUACAGGAAUUACUACUUGUCCAUUAUUAACUCAAAAUAUGAAAGUUCAACAUCAUGAAAAUAACAAGCCAAAUGAAUAUUUAACAUGUAAAAAUUAUUUAUCUAAAAAUGAUUUUGAAUCAAAUUCAAUUAUAUUAAGUCCUAUCUGUACUAGUCAACCUAUAACAGAUUAUAAUGAUCGAAUAGUUCAAAAUGAUGUUAAUGUAUACAAAGUGAAUUGUGUUCCUACACAUUCAUGUAAUCAUUCAAAAGACAAUGUUAAGAAGUUCGAUACUAAGUUAGUUCAGACCAUAGAUUUUAACGAUCAAAAUGAAUGUACAUGUUAUCACACUUAUAGAAUUCAACCAGGAAUAAAUGAGUCGACAUUAAAUCCUGAAUGGAUUGAACAACUACUUACCUAUAAUACAAAACUUGACAAUAAUCAGAAAUCUUCUCAAGAAUAUAAGAAACAUAAAAUUACACAAUCUGUUUAUAUGACACCAAGAUCAACUCUUAUAGCUCAAUUGAGAUAUAUACUAUUAAAGCAAAAACUUAAAUUAUUACAUACACGAGAUGCUUAUUAUUUAAGAAAGCGUAUUGUAAAUCAUCUUGAAAAGUUUUUAGAUCAAAUAAUUUCAUCAAAUACAUUACCUUUAUCAAAUUCUGUACCGGAUGAUUGGGAUACAGAUACUGAGUCUUUAUUAUCGGAUUUAUUUGAAAAAGAUAACGAUCCUAUAUCGAAUGAGUUAAAUACUGGAAAUAGUCCAAAAUUAAAACCAUCAACACAACAGUGUAAAUUAUUAACUGAUGAACAUGGAGAAAAUGAACAAAUCAAUAAGAAAAUGUUAAACAAACGAUCAUCGUCUUCAUAUGAUAGAGAAAUAUGUAAUAGAAAAGCUCACUUUGAGGAAGCUCAAAAAGAUGUUCAACAGGCUGACAACACAAACAACAAACAAAAACUGUCAAGUAUUUCAAUUGUAGAUAAGACUGAAUGUAAAGAUAAUGAUAAACAAUUCACUGAUAUUAAGAAACAAGCAGAGAAUCAAUUAAGUAAAAUGGUUAUGAAUGUACAUGUCAAUCAACCUUCAUCUUUAUCAAUAUGUAAGAAUUUGAACGAAACUUUAUCAAGGUUCAUUCAUCGUGAUCAUCAUGUUAAAGGUGAAAAAUCAUUCAAAGAUCAUUGUUCCUUAAAUACAAACAUUCGAUUAUAUCCAUCCUCAGAUGAUAUAGUGAAUGGCGUAUGUGCAGCAUUAGGUGGUAUAUCUUGGUUUCAACCUUUCAAUGAUAAUUAUAUAAAUAAAGAAAAACAUCAACCAAUAAGAAACCAUUCAGUGAUCAGACAUACCAAAUUAAAUGAUCAUUUUGAUUUGAAACAUAAUCCAAAAUCAUUCAAGGAAUUUCAUUUGAAUAGUAAACGUUUACAUAUUUUAAACAAACCUAACAAUGUACAUACUUCUAAGAUCUCAUAUAGUAUGGCAACUAAUAACAAAGAUCUAAAAACUGAUCAUAAUGAAGUGAAUGAUAUUUGUUCAUGUCAAUGUUAUAUGGAAGAAUCUCCUGAUAUAAUAAAUGAUAAAAAUCAAGAACAAACUGUAACAUCGAAAUCACUGGUAGAUAUACAAUGUACUGAACUUCACCAUAUGGAGAAUACAACACCACUACUACAUACCGUGGACAAGUCGGCACACGAAGAGAAAUCUAAUAGCUUGUCAAAUCCAAAAAUAACUUAUGAAAUUAGCGAUAAUCUUGAUGGUUGUACAGAUAUUCAGGAUAUAUUUCGAAAAAAAAUGUCAUCAUGGAUAUCACGAAGUGAAGAACGUCAAAGACGUCUACGUUUUAUUAUUCAGGAACGUCGUUAUCGAAAAGAAGGAGAUAUGAAACGAACUGAAGUCUUACAUUCAGUUGUAUCAAAUAAUUUUUCAAAACGACCAUCUAUAUCUCACUUGGAUCAGUCAUAUAAAAAUCACUACGGUAAUAGAAUUCAUUCAAAUGGUGAUAGUGGAAUUUGUUGCAUUGAUCGUUCAGAUUGUUCAAUUGUUCAAUCUGUACUAACAAACAGAAAUAAUAGUAAUAAUUAUAUUAAAACAGCUAAUUCUGACAAGGUUCUUAAACGUAAUUUCAUGAAAAAUCCCAGUCGAAAAUCGCAACUUGGUGUUAGAUAUGAUCGAAAACAGUUAGUACAAGAAGAACAUCGACCUAGAUUAUAUCAUAAUUCUAUACAGAACCAAGUUAAUCAACAAAAAAUUAAAUUGGCCCAAUUACGUGUUAAUCGACUCCGAAUGAAAAUAUACAGUGAAAAAAUUCUACGUUCUGUACUUCAUGGUAAUUCAUCGUCAAUAAUAUUUAAAGAAAUUUGAUAGAAUCGCAAUUUUGACAUGUUGGAGAAGAUUUAUAACUCAGAUGGAUGAUUUUGAUGGAGUAUCUUUGUUUUUCUGAGAUAGAUGAUUUGAUUGUGGAGUAUUCAUUGUUCUUCUAAACAACAUCAUCAACAACACAAACUUCAAGUACAAGUGAAGUGUUCGAAUUGUGUUGAUGAUUAUCGUUGAAAAGAACGAUGAAAUCUUCAUGACCAAAUCAUCCACCAGCUCAAAGAACAAUACUCUAUCAUAAUCGCGAUUGAAUGUCCUAAUAGAUAUAUAUAUAUAUACAUUAUAUUUGAAGUAAUGCUUGAAAUGAUUAGUAAUGAGAAACAACUUUUACUGUAAUUUAAUGUUAACAUUUUAUUAGUUUUGUCUUGUUAACUUUUAUUUUUAAUGGUUUCAGAAUGAUUUUAACUUUAUUAACAUAAAAUGCCAUUCACCAUUUCAUUCAUCCCUGUGUCAUAAUUAUGAUUUAUAAGCUGCUUGAAUUAGUUUCAAUAUAACUUACAAAAAUUUUUUUUCUUUUUAAAUAAACUUGGUUCAUCAACUUUCGAUUGUAUUUUCACACGUAUCGUACUAUUCCGUGUGAAAUUUAUUACCUUGUUUUCAAUAUAAAUUGAUUGUACUA